UUGCUCAUGUUGCGAAUACUAGUUCAUUACGAGCGGUGGCGACAGCAGCGCCAACAUCUGUAUGAUCCACAGAGGGAUGAGGGAAAUGCACGUUUUAACCGUUGUGUUCGCUGUUGUAUUUGUCGUUGAGGAGACUGAAGCUUGGGGUUACAAGAAUGGAAUACUGCACAACUCCAUCUGGCUCGAGCAAGCAGCUGGAGUUUACCACCGUGAGUCUCGCAAAGGAAGAUAUCAGCUGACGUAUAAUGAAGCCAAGGCUGUGUGCAAAUUUGAGGGGGGAAAUCUUGCCACAUAUGAUCAAUUGGAGACUGCUCGCCAAAUUGGGUUCCAUGUGUGUGCAGCUGGAUGGUUUGACAAAGGACGUGUGGGCUAUCCUAUUGUUAAAGCUGGCGCCAACUGUGGUUUCGGAAAGGUUGGAAUCAUUGAUUACGGAUACCGGCUCAACAAAAGCGAGAAGUGGGAUGUCUACUGCUACAAUCCUGAGGCAAAAGAGUGUGGAGGAGUGCACACAGAUCAGCAGAAGGUUUUCCAUUCACCUGGUUAUCCAGAGGGCUAUCAGGAUGAGCAGAUUUGCUACUGGCACAUUCGUGUACGCUAUGGCCAAAGGAUCCGCCUUCACUUCCUAGACUUUGACAUUGAGGAGGACACAGCUUGUCUCAGUGAUUACUUGGAGAUCUAUGACAGCUACGAUGAUGUUUCAGGAUUUGUUGGAAGAUACUGUGGGGAUGAACUUCCAGCAGACUUAAUAAGUUCAGGAAACGUCAUGACCCUGAAAUUCCUCUCUGAUUCCUCUGUGGUGGCUGGAGGGUUUCAACUGCAGUACAUCGCUGUGAACUCGUCCCUGCUCUAUGAUGAACAUGCUGACACCUUCUCUUGACUGAUGUUUAAUACACCAGACCUACUUUUUACCACUGUGUCAUUUUUAUUAUUGUAAUUUUUCAUCUAAAGUGCAAUAUUAAAGCUAACAAUAAUCAGUUAUAUUUCUCUCAUUGUUUGAUAUUAUAUGGUUAGCUUUAUCACACACUAUAGUCACUUGUAUGUCCAACUUUCUCUGAUAAGCCUUACACACUACAUGGCUAAACGUAUGUGGAUACCCCCUUCUGAUUAACAGGUUUAGCUAUUCCAAGUAUUUCAGGGAAGAUAAAUCUGAAUGCUACGGCAUAGUGCUUUGUGGCAAUAGUUUGGGGAGGGCCCUUUCUGUAUCAGCAAGACAAUGACCCUGUGCGAAAAGUGUGGUCCAUAAAGAAAAGAUUUUCUGAGUCUGGUUUGGAAGAAAUUGAUUGGCAGAAAUGCUUUCUAGCACAAAGACCAGACACCUUACAUGAACACCUUUGGGAUAAAUUGGAAAGGAGAUUGCGUGCCAGGUUCCCUCACCCAACAUCAGUGCUUGGCUAUAUGGCAUAAAUAGUAAAUAUCAGUACCUGGCCAUGUGGCAGAAAUAUACCAUUCUGAAUUUGGCCCCUGACCUCACUGAUGCUAUUGUGUCUGAAUGAGUGCAAAUCCCAGCAGCCACGUUCAAACAUCUAGUGAAAAAGCCUUCUCAGAAGAGUGAAAGCUGUUAUCGCAGCAAAGGGAGGCAUUAAUGCCUAUGGGUUUGAAAUUAAUUAUUCAACAAGCACAUUUGAGUGUGGUGUUCUCACCAUGUAGUGUUGCUCAGAUUUACAAACAAAUGUACUUUUUUUUUAAGAUUGUAGAAAUAGGUGAAC